UGGUCCUCAAACUGUGUGCCCUUUAAGAACAUUCUGGACUACAAUUCCCAGAAUCCUCAGCCACGUUGGUCAAUGGCCUGGGAUUCUGGGAGCUGAAGUCCACAACCCUCUUGAAGGGCCCAGUUUCCCUCAGCUUGGCCUGCUGCCUCCCACCGCGCCUUGGGCGUCUCCUCCUCCGAGCGAGGAGUCAGUCAGAGUCAGUGAGUGAGGCGGAGGCCGAGCAGGAAGCACGGAAGGAAGGGCCGGCUGGGCCUUGGACUACUUUGGAGCCCUGCCUCGGCGUCGGGGAUGUUCAGCUGGCUGGGGAAGGAGGGCCGGCGGGCCAGGGCCGGGGAGGGCGAGGACGUGGUGGAGACGGUCACCGGGGGCCUCAAGGAGCUCUACGCCAAGAAGCUGCUGCCUCUGGAGGAGCACUACCGCUUCCAUGAGUUCCACUCGCCCGCCCUCGAGGACGCCGACUUCGACAACAAGCCCAUGGUCCUCCUCGUCGGGCAGUACAGCACCGGGAAGACCACCUUCAUCAGGUAUCUAUUGGAACAGGACUUUCCAGGAAUGAGGAUUGGUCCAGAACCAACAACAGAUUCUUUCAUUGCUGUCAUGUAUGGAGACACUGAAGGGAGUACUCCAGGGAACGCUCUUGUCGUGGAUCCCAAGAAGCCAUUUCGUAAACUUGGCCGUUUUGGAAAUGCAUUCUUGAACAGGUUCAUGUGUGCUCAGUUACCUAAUCAGGUUCUGAAGAGUAUUAGCAUCAUAGAUAGCCCUGGUAUUCUUUCAGGGGAAAAACAGAGACUCAGUAGAGGGUAUGAUUUCUGUGAGGUCCUACGGUGGUUUGGUGAGCGAGUUGAUCGCAUUAUCCUUUUAUUUGAUGCCCAUAAACUUGAUAUUUCUGAUGAGUUUUCAGAAGCAAUCAAAGCAUUCCGGGGUCAGGAUGACAAAAUCCGAGUGGUGUUGAAUAAGGCUGACCAAGUAGACACCCAGCAAUUAAUGAGAGUCUACGGUGCGCUCAUGUGGUCUUUGGGAAAAGUGAUUAACACUCCAGAAGUAUUACGUGUCUACAUUGGUUCUUUUUGGGCCAUGCCCCUGCAAAACACAGAGAACCGAAAGCUGUUUGAGGUGGAGGCACAGGAUCUGUUCCGGGAUAUCCAGAACCUUCCCCAGAAGGCAACUGUGAGGAAACUGAAUGACCUUAUCAAGAGAUCACGGCUUGCAAAGGUGCAUGCUUAUAUCAUUAGCCAGCUGAAGAAGGAAAUGCCUGCUGUAUUUGGAAAAGAAAAUAAGAAGAGGGAACUGAUCAACAAACUACCUGAAAUUUAUCGUCAGUUACAACUAGAGCACCAUAUCUCACCAGGAGAUUUCCCAGAAGUCAAGAAAAUGCAGGAACUGCUGGAGAACUAUGAUUUUACUAAAUUCCAUUCCCUGAAGCCAAAGCUGAUUGAAGCUGUGGAUAACAUGCUGGCCAGUAAAGUUGCAUUCCUGAUGACGCUGGUGACCCAAGAAGAACGUAACACGCCAAAUCAAAAAGUGCACGGUGGUGCAUUUGAAGGCACCACAGCAGGGCCAUUUGACCAUGGCUAUGGGGAAGGUGCCAAAGAAGGAGCAGAUGAAGAGGAAUGGGUGGUGGCCAAAGAUAAACCUGCAUACGAUGAAAUCUUUUACACUCUCUCACCAGUCAAUGGCAGAAUCUCUGGAGCCAGUGCAAAGAAGGAAAUGUUGACCUCCAAAUUGCCAAACAGUGUCCUGGGGAAAAUUUGGAAGCUUGCUGACUGUGACAAUGAUGGCAUGUUGGAUGAAGAAGAAUUUGCAUUAGCAAAACAUCUCAUCAAAAUAAAAUUGGAGGGAUAUGAACUGCCCACUAGUUUGCCUCUCCACUUGGUACCUCCUUCACAUAGAAAAUCUUUGUGUGGAGCAGAAUGAUUAGUGCAUUGUGAAAACACUAACAUUCAGAAAGAUAGCAUUCAGUUACCCUUUAAGCCACCUACAAGGGGUUUUUAAAUACACUUUCAGAGUAAGAUUAUUGUCAAGUAUGUUCAGGACAAUAAUAUACAAAUCACAAUUGUUUAGAGGGAAAACAUGAAAGCCAUGAGUAACCAGACCCUGUUUCACUGAAAGUACAUGUAUUACGGAAAGGAUUAUUAGUGCAAUCUCCUCAUUGUGUGUCAAAUGCAUGCAAUGUUUCAUGUAUGAUCUGUGACAGGUAGCUGUUAACACUUCCUACAAGUAAAUGCCUUUUGAAUUUUGAUGUGGCUCUGAGUUUCAUGCUACAGUAUAUUCAGAUCAGAGCAACCAGCAAUGUAGCAAGGGGUUGAAAUGGAAACUCCUCCUUUUAAAAUGUGCUUGUUAAAUGUGCCUUUUCAGUGACCUUCUGCAAGGUUGUUUUUGUUUGUUUGUUUAAUUUUGGUGUCAAAAAGAAACUUGACAUUUUUCCACAUAAUUACAAUCAAACUACUGAAAUAAGAUGGGUUGGUGUAAAAUAAUGUUAACUUCUUCAAAAAUUAAUACUUUACUGUAUAGUAAAAUGGUAAAUUCUCUUUAAAUUGAAAUAUAACACUUUUAAAACUUCCCUCUUGGAGAAGACAUUGUUUAAUUCACUAAUGAUACAGUACUUGAAAUAUUUUCAUGUUGUACUAGAAUCCACCUGUAGUCCUGAAAUUCAUUUAGAGUUUAUAAGGUUACACUUUGGUGCAGCUUUAUUCUUUGAAUCAAAAAUUAAAAGCACACCUUGUACCAAACGUCUUUGCAAAUUGAGAUGCAGGAAUCAGUAGUUGCCCUCCAGAAGUAUUCUACCCAAAAAAUAUGUUUGGACUGAAACACCCAGCAACCCCAGCUAGCAUAGUCAACAAAAGGAAAACCUUGGAUUUGCAGUCCUGAAACAUCUGGAGAGCUGCAUGAAUCCUAUCACUGGUGUAUGUAGCAAAAGCUCUUCUAUGAAUAUAGAAUUCAGUUCAGGAAAUCAAUCAGUUGGCGUAAUGAAUACUUUAAAAUCUUGGAAACUUUAAAAUCUUAUAAUAGUUCUGUAAUUAUUGUAGAAGUUACUCCCACUGGCUUUUUGUAAUUAUGCUUGAUCAGAAAUGUCCUGUUGCAUUAGACCAUGGGUCUGUCUAAUCCACCCUUUCAUUACUAACAUAAAUGUCUUCAGGAACCUCACAGGCAGGGUGUGAAUGCAAUAUGAUUGUCACAUCAUUUGAUAGUUGAAGGCAUACUAUUUCUGAUCAUGGGAGUUCUAUACCACAUCAUCUCUAGUAGCUAUUGCUAAAGUAUCUUUUGUCCUAUUGACUUGUAAAGCUGUCUAGGAUAAUGACUAUCACCAAAUAUUGUGUGUUUGAAUUCCAUGGGUUAAUUUUAACUUGUAAUACUGUGAAGCCUUUGUUUUGGGGUUGUUAAGUGGUGUAUUUUGGGGGGGGGGGUUGUUUUUGUUUUUAAAUGUAUAUGAAAAUACUGAAGUUUCUUUUCCUCUGUAGUGGUCAUUUGCACACAAAAAAAUCUCUUUAAUUCCAAAGUAUGACUAUAAAACACAUCUACACAUUUUAUGUGGCUACCUUGUAUCAGUUAAAUGUAUGCUGAUUGAAACUACUUGAUAGUAUUUUGUAUAACCCGAACUGUUGGCUUUAAAAUGCACCUAGCAAGCUUACUUGCAUCUUCUGGCCUUCUGUGCUUUCCUUUCAGCUCUUCAGUUUUGUGCAUUCCUCUCAACCUUUGGGCAGCCUCAAGUGUAUGGAUGUCAUAUGAAGAAGAGAGAUCAGUCAGUCCUGCUGGAAGAUAGAACCUUUCCCACACAAGACAGCGUCUUUUUGAACUCUGCACCUCAGCUAUUUUAAUGUGGAGAUGCUAGGGACUUGCCCAUGGAAAGCAUGUGCUCAGCCAGUGACAUAUGCCUUUGCUAUUAUUGAAUCUUGAUUGUAGUAGCUUUCUGGUACAUUAUUUCUUGGAAUCAGUUCAUUACCAUAUGGCAGUUGACAAACUGAGAAACUGAGACUAUUAUCUUAAUGUAUCUUUUAGUGCCAGAGAAAUCAAUUGACUAGCAGCCCAAGCACUGAUUGUGCUACCAGGCUUGUGAAAAAUAAGCUAAGUUAGUGGUAUGAUUUCUCUCUCUCUCUCUCUAGGAUUCAGGGUUUUCUGAGAAUCUGUGAAAACUUUCUGUCAUCCCUUUUAUCAAGAAUGGUUAUAACGUGGAAAGAAUGUGGGGUUUUUUUCCUGUAUUCUACAGGAGUUUCUGAAGUUUUAUGAUUAAAAUGUUUCCAGAGGGAGGAUACCAAAAUGGUGAAGGGGCUGGAAACCAUGUCUUAUGAGGAAAGACUUAGGGAGCUGGGUACGUUUAGCUUGGAGAAGAGACUGUUAAGAGGUGGUAUGAUGGCCCUAUUUAAGUAUUUGAA